GUAUGUGUAUGAAUAUAUAGUUUGCAUGUAUAUGUGUGCGUGUGUAGUCUCACAUAAUAAUGACAUUUAUGCUGUAGAAAGUGUUCUGUUGUCUGUAAUAUUACCUAAACAAAACUGAUAAUAUAAUGUUUACAUAUCAAAUGCACGCAAGGACAGAAGAGGUUUUUAAGAGAUUGUAAAGGACGACAUUUUUUAGUUUAAGUGAUGUUGCUGGAGGAAGAACAUUUCAAGAAGACAUAAGUUAAUGUCGCCAUCGUUCUAUGAUAAGACUGCAGGACAUUUUCCUUGAAAUUUAAUUCUAAGGUUUGAUAUGGGCAGCUGCUGUACCAAACUAAUAGAAGGAAAGGUGACAGCCGUCUCUCAUUUCAAAUUGAAACGUGGGACUAAGCCGGAACGGAAAGAAUUGGAUUCGGAGCUACUGAAACUAACAGAUGUGAAAGCAGCGCUGUUGAUUCAGAAAUGGUUCCGUGUUUGGUCGAGUAAGUUGAGAGUCAGAAGAGAAAUAGCCUGGAAUGUAUUUCAAGAAAUUGAAUAUUUCGGUGAACACCAUCAAUUAAAGUUGAGUAAAAUGUUUAAAGUUUUGAUCGAAGAAUUCCAAGACACAGCAAAAGUGGAUUUUAUUCAACAAAGGUUGAUCAACAAGGCCGCCGGACGUCCUUCAGUCAUCGAUGUAGACACUUCUAUAAAAGAUCUUGAAAUUCCACAAAUUAUUCCAAACGAUUAUGUUGGCAUCGUGAUCACACUACCUUAUUCAUCUAAUAAAUUGCAGAUUCUGGUCAAUGAUUUCAGAUGUGGCAAAAUAAUCCAUGCUGCAUAUGUUUCACAAAUACUGAGGGACACGAUUUUAAAACUGAAAUCUCGAAAUAAUUUGUAUCGUAUAACAACAACUUCUGUUAACAAGAAGGUGACUAUUAUUGGAGACUUACAUGGAAGUUUGGAUGAUCUACUUACCAUAUUUCACAAAAAUAACCUUCCUUCUACAACAAACCCUUAUGUUUUUAAUGGAGACAUCGUCGAUAGAGGACCCAAGUGUGUUGAAGUGUGCAUGAUUAUAUUUUACUGUAUUUUGGUGUUUCCUAAUCAUGUAUUCUUGAACAGAGGAAACCACGAAGAUCCUAUUUUAAACAGGAGAUAUGGUUUCAUAAAAGAAAUUACUCUAAGAUUUAGAACUUACGCAAAAAGACUCCUCAAGAUGUUCAAUAUACUAUUUAAAUAUCUACCAUUGGGUUCGAUCAUCGAUAAUAAAAUAUUGGUUGUACAUGGAGGAAUAUCGGAUGAGUUAGAUUUAAAGAAAAUCAAUCAAAUUCCAAGAACGAAAUUUGUUUCAGUCAUAAAACCAGGUUCAUUUUUUGAGGUAAAUGAGAAAUGUAGCUGGGGAUACUUGCUCGAUCUUCUCUGGAGUGAUCCGUCAAACCAAAAGGGUUGCACUGAAAAUGAAUUUAGGGGAAGUGGGAAAUAUUUUGGACCUGAUAUUACAAGUAAUUUCUUAGAGGAGAACAAUCUUGUACUUCUAAUAAGAUCUCACGAAUGUAAAGUGAAUGGCUACGAGUACACACACGACAACCAAGUGUUAACCAUUUUCUCUGCAUCCAACUAUUACGAACGAGGAAGCAAUAAAGGUGCUUUUGUAAUAUACCGUGGUGACGAAAAAAAUUUGAGUAUCAUCCCGUUUGUCAGCAAUGAAGAUGCGUUAAAUAAUUUGAACAUAAAAGAUCAGAUAAUUUCGUUGGAAAUUUCCGCAUUCAGUAAAAUAAAGCAAAUGAUUAGUUUGAAACUUCCAGAGCUCAAAGAGGCACUUAGUCAAUACGAUAAGGAUGGAACUGGAACCGUAAGUGCCAAAGACUUCAGCACAUGUUUGGGUGCAGUGCUGAAGCUGAAAGUGCCAUGGCGUUUAAUCAUUAACAGAAUCUGUGAUGUCGAUAGCGACAACAUGGUGCAUUACGAAAACACUUUUAAGAUAUUGGAUUUGUCUAGGGCAUCCAAACACCCAGUCGCAGACAUUGUGUAUGCUAACAGAGAGAUCUUGGAGACUAUAUUUCGAACAUUUGAUGUUGAUAAUUCUGGAGCAAUUACGAUGCAAGAAUUUAAGGAUGGCAUGAUGAUUCUUCAAAGAUGUACCAGCCAUAUAUUUAAAGAAGGUGAUAUUGCUAAAAUAGGGAAAACUAUGGACUUUGAUAAAGAUGGUAACAUUGACAUUAAUGAAUUUUUUGAGGCUUUUCGCAUAUCUGCAUAUACGUGGUAAUUAAAACAACAGAACAGAUUGGAACCAGUAUUCCAGAGAGCAAAAAGUAAAAAAUAACUUUUUCUUAAAUUUUCUCAACUGUAAGUCAAAUAUUCGACAAUAAAUACCUUUUAAGUAACUAUAUCAAUUAA